GACUAAUUUUCGCCGUCGAUCAGCGGCAACGCCGACAACCUCCGACGCUUCCUCCUUCUCCUCCCCGGCGAUGGGAGACCUCCACCUACGACUGAACCAGACACAGAGGGUCCGCCUCGAGGCCGCACUCCACGAGCUCCAGGCCCUCGCCCCCGCCGCCGCCGCCGUCACCUUCGCCGACAACAUCCCCGUCAACCCCGAGGACACCAUCCUCAAGGGGCAUGGCACGUCUGAUCAGGACGGGGAGGUUGUGGCGACGGUGUGCGGCGUGGUGGAGCGGGUCCAGAAUCUCGUCUGCGUGAGGACGCUCCGGGCAAGGUAUAAGCCACAGAAAGGGGAUAUCAUUAUUGGCCGUGUCAGUGAGAUUGCUUCUAAGCGCUGGAGGUUGGAGACAAACUUUAGCCAAGGUGCUGUUCUGAUGCUUUCUUCUAUGAAUUUGCCUGAUGGAAUCCAGGCUGAAGUUUGUCAUAUCCAACACGAUGGAUCUCUUGACCUACAGCCAAGGAGUCAGAAAUAUGGAAAGCUUCAGAGGGGUCAGUUGCUCACAGUACCUGCCUAUUUGGUAAAACGGCGAAAGCAGCAUUUCCAUCAUCUUGAGCAAUAUGAUGCCGAUUUGAUUCUCGGUUGCAAUGGAUUCGUCUGGGUAGGCGAGCAUGCCGUGGUGGAUGAAGAGACUAAUUCGAACGAAGAUCAACAUAAGUUGAGCAUGGAAGUGGAGGCUUUUACCCCACUAGAAACUAGAAGGCACAUUUGCCGGCUUGCCAAUGCCGUGCGCGUGCUUUCAGCCCUUGGAUUCACCCUUACUGUCGAACUGAUAAUCCAAACCGCUGAAGCAGGUCUAUCAUCAGACGUCGAGAUAAACAACAUGCUCGGAGCUGAAUUUUAUGUCCAGACAGCGGAGAGAGAGGCCAAGCGUCGAGCCGAUCUCUCAAGAAGGAUGAACGGGCCAAGGUAAAAUGCAGUUUGGUCCUGCCUGCCUGAUUAUUUGUAGAGUAACAGUACCUGACCUGUACGAUAAUUAUCUGUAAAGGAAAAUAGAGCCAAUCGAGCGCCGACGUAGUCGAACACAUACAGAUCAAGAACUUUUUUGAGAUGUGGACCCUUGCUCAACCUUGUCGCGUCCAUGUAGUUAGUGGUAGCAGUAUCAAAAUAGCUGCUAUCGACGGAGAUUUUGUAUACUCUGUUAUGUAGGCCACUGUUCGCUUGCAUAAACUUGCUUUUUGUGUUCUUUUGA